ACGAAAAUCCCUUCUGUUCGUCUCUUUUUCUCUUUUUCCCUAUCACCAUCCUUUUCUAUUGACAACUGACAACACGUCUGAACCGCGAUGGGACGUGUGAUUCGUGCACAACGUAAAGGUGCGGGAUCUGUCUUCAAAUCCCACACCAACAGACGGAAGGGGGCUCCAAAAUUACGUUACUUGGAUUUCUCUGAACGCCAUGGUUACAUCAAGGGUGUCGUCAAAGACAUCAUCCACGACCCGGGCCGUGGAGCCCCUUUAGCCGUUGUAAAUUUUAGGGACCCUUACAAGUUCCAAACUAGGAAAGAGUUGUUUAUUGCGCCUGAAGGAAUGUACACAGGACAGUUUGUGUAUUGUGGCAAGAAAGCUAACCUCCAAAUUGGUAAUGUUCUGCCUAUUGGAUCAAUGCCGGAAGGUACUAUUGUUUGCAACCUUGAGGAGAAAACUGGCGAUCGUGGCCGUUUGGCUCGCGCUUCAGGGAACUACGCUACUGUUAUUGCCCACAACCAUGAUACAAAGAAAACAAGGGUCAAACUACCUUCAGGAGCUAAGAAAGUCGUUCCGUCAAACAACAGAGCUAUGGUUGGUAUUGUUGCCGGUGGUGGUCGUAUCGACAAACCUAUCUUGAAAGCUGGUCGCGCUUACCACAAAUACAAGGUUAAGCGUAACUGCUGGCCUAAAGUACGUGGUGUUGCUAUGAAUCCAGUUGAGCAUCCCCACGGUGGUGGUAACCACCAACAUAUUGGUAAAGCCUCAACCGUCAAGAGAGGCACAUCAGCUGGUCGUAAAGUCGGUCUUAUUGCUGCUCGCAGGACGGGUCUUAUUAGGGGAGGCAAAGUCGAGUCCAAGAAAGACGAUUAGAUUAAGUAACAGCCCCCCUUGUAUUUCAUAUUUGAUUGUAUUGACACUUUGUGGAAUAUAUGGAUGGCUGAGAGGUUUUUUACUUCA